GUCUGCUCUAUCCUUCUUCUCCUCUACCUCCCGAAAGCUUCCCCCAAAGCCGCUGAAGCUUCCCCCUUGAGAACCGGUAAAGAGCUUGAGUUUUCCCUUUCCUUUCUUGAUGGAGAACAAGAUUUAAACCCAGAAAUUUCCUCCCAGCCACUGGCACGUUCUGCUCUUCUUCUUCCUCGCCCCUGCAACUCGAAAAAGAAGCCAGCCGCUGGCGGCAUCUCCCCUGAGAAAACCGGUAAAGCUUGGUGAUUUUUCUCUUCCUUCUUGUUCAAGAACAAGCUUUAGGAUUUAGAACCUUCCCUCUGAAGCCAAAAAAUUCAGAUCUGUGGUUGCUUCUUCUUCCUCUGCCGCGAGUUGCUGCUGGGUGGUUUGGGAGUUCGGUUUUGCCCGUGUGUUCCUCCAAAUUUUUCCCCGUCGACUUCCUCACCAGCCAAGCCCGGUUUCUACUGCUGGAAAAUUCUGUAGGUGCUGUGUGGCUUAGAGCUCUGGGGUCGAGUUCCCAGUUUUAUGCGAGUGAGGUAAGUAACUUAUGGUAAUGCCCUGGAUUUAAGGUAAAGCUUUUAAAAGCAAAUUUCUGAUGGUUUUGAAAUGGUGGCAGGACUAAACCCAUUUUACACGAGCAUGAUUGAUUUGAAGUGAAAUUUUUAUGCUUUCAUUAAAUUGAGCAUGCCUACUUGGAAUUUAAUCGACUGUCCUGAUGAUCUGAAAGUGAUUGUGAAUUGUGAUUUUCCUGUUAACUUCUGCCUGUUUUGUCUCCGAUAUGGUCAUGUUAUUUGUGAUAUGGUCAUGUUAUUUGUGUGCCCGCUAGUGGGAGGUUUAUAAACGCUAGCACAUGUCGACAUGAUACUAAUAGAACCGGUUCGUUCGUGUUAUCUUGCUAGUGGGAUUAUACACUAGUAAAUCAUGUGCCUACUAGUGGGAGGUUUAUAACACUGACCAUAACUUAUAGAGGAGACGUCUAUUUCGUUCUCGUACUGUAUCCGUUUUUCAUGAUUAUAUUUGUUGGCAUGCUAUGAGUUUAAUUACGGGCUAUCCAUAUGUUACUUAUUGAGUUAUCUCAUCUCGUUUUUCCUUGCCCACCAUUUUAGGUAGUGUGACUUGGGACACGGAAAUCAAGGGGAGUGACGUGGUAGAAGGCUAGCCACUUGAGAUUUGACAUAGAUUCUAGAUAUAUAUACCAUGCUCUUGUAAGUUAGAUUUUAAUUGGAAAUUUUAUGGUAUCAAAACUGAUUUUGUUGAGUAAGUUCCGAGCCUUGUGCACUUGUGGAACCCAUCUCACAAGUGUAUAGUGUUUGUUGCGCCCUCGGAUUUGGGUUUUGGGGUGUGACACAUAAUAAAAAAUGUGAAAUUCA